AUGGCCCUUACUUGCGAGCAACAGAUCAAGGAAUACGACUGGAUUGCACUUUCCUGCGACCCAAAAGUCUGGGGUGGCACUAAGCCAUUCAAUAAGGAGCCUGUUGCUCAGCUCUGCAAAGAUGUCCCUACACCUAACACCCCUCUCGUAAAUGCUGCUAUGGAGUAUGUUAGGAAGGAACUUCCUGAAUACACCUUUAACCACAGCAUGCGUGUUUUCUACUAUGGCAAGGAAAAUAAAUCCGAAGUCAACAUUCUAGGCAUGGCCAUCACAUCUCAGCAAUUUCCUAAAUGGGAAUUCAGCCCCGAGACAUGGCUUCUGACUUGCCUCUUCCACGACAUUGGAACCAUCGACAAACACACUCACGGCACCCUUAUGUCCUUCGAGUUUUACGGCGGUAUCCUUGCUCUGCAGAAGUUAAAGGAGCUCAACGGACCUAUUUCCCAGGCCGAGAGUGUCAGCGAGGCCAUCAUCCGACACCAGGAUCCUGCUGAGGUCGGCACCAUUACCACCAUCGGCUUACUUAUUCAGCUAGCUACUCAAUAUGGUCGAACUGGGAAUGUUAAUAUCGUAUCAUAUAUAGACAACAUGGGCUACCGCCCCGGGUACGUCCACCCCGAUACAAUCAAAGACGUCGUCCCUCACUACCCUCGUCGCAACUGGUCCAAGUGCUUCACGAAGAAGAUCAGAGAAGAAGUUACGGUAAAGCCGUGGUGCCAUACCACUACCUCGGAGGAGAAGUUUCCCCAUGAUGUCGAGCACAACGUCCUUAUGGAGCCUUAUGAUGCCUUGCAUUAA